CUUUUUUCUUUCUUUCUUUUUACUUUGUUCUCCAUCAACACCUCUAGCCCUAAAAAACUAAACUACACAUCUCCAUUCAUUUUCUUUCAUUCAUUUGUUCAUCCAUUUGUUCAUUCAUUCAAUAGUUGACACAUAAUCAAUAUAAUAUUUAAUUGUAUCACAACCAUGGCAGCACCUGCUUACACUACUCUUCCAACAAACCCUUUCACAGGCGGAUUCCCUUCCUCAGAACAGGCCUCCGCUGCUGUCUCAUCCGCCUCUUCCUUCGGUCUUGGUUAUCUUCAGAAACUGAAAGAGGAGCGUCUCUCAUCCUUGCGACCCUUUUCAGAAUUCUUUGACAAGAAUAGGUUCUCUUGGCCCAAUGGCUUUUCAAGCAUUACUUCAAGAUUCAACUACAAUCUCAACUACUUUCAAGGAAACUAUCUUUUGAUGUUCAUUGCCAUUACAGCUUACAGUUUGUUGACAAAUCUCUUGUUAUUGUUCAGCGUUGUGUUCGCAGUUGGAGGUUGGUUUGGACUUCAAAGGGUCCCACCAGAAGGUAUCACCAUUGGACAGGCCAGAUUCCUUCCAGGCCAACUCAAAACAGCCUUGAUUGGUAUCUCUGUAGUUCUUUUCUUCAUCAGCUCAACCAUUGGCACUGUCUUUUGGAUCAUUGGUGCCAGUGCAGUAACCAUCUUGGGACAUGCUGCAGUGAUGCAGGAAGGCGUAGAAGGCGAUUUUGCUGCUGUUGUUUAAAGAUAUACUAUUUUUGCUCUAUGAUAUUGCAUCUUUUUCUUAUUAAAAACAUCAAUCA